GGCUCUCCCGGCCCCAAGCCGGGCGGCCCCGGUGCUUCCGCACGACUCUGCAGAUACAUUUCGCCUCUUCGGUGUUGAGCCAACUACGCCGUAGUGACCCAUCGAUCCCCACGCGGUGGCUCUCUACGUGGUAUCAAACAGCUUGUUUCUUCCAGUGUAUCCAAAUGGUUUGAUAACAUUUUUUGAUGAUAAUCAACCAUCUAGUAACAAGCGUGGUGCAGGCACAUGGCCAUGGAGGCUAUGAUUCUGAUUUCAGUGAUGAGGAGAGUGGAGAGAAGUCUCUGCAAAAAACUAAAAGAAUAGAGGAAGAUGACCUUCUGGUAAAGCCGUUCCAAAAAGCAAAGCAAGGCAGUGUGGUUCACAGACAAUUCGCAGCUGAAGAAUGUGAUAGGGAAGAAGCAAGAAAAAGAAGAUUUCACUUGAUAUCGAUGAGUGCUUAUGAAAGACAUAAAAAGUUAGUGCAUGACUACAUUUUAUACUAUGGUGGCAAAAUAGAAGACUUCCGACGAACUGGAGCAAAUGACAAGACGGAUCUUGAUGUUAUUAGAGAAAACCAUAGAUUCCUGUGGAAUGAAGAAGACGAAGCAGACAUGAAUUGGGAGAAGAGGCUUGCAAAGAAGUAUUAUGAUAAAUUGUUCAAAGAAUACUGCAUAGCAGAUCUCAGCAGAUACAAAGAGAAUAAGUUUGGAUUUAGAUGGCGACAUGAGAAAGAAGUAAUUUCAGGAAAAGGUCAGUUUUCUUGUGGAAAUAAGCACUGUGAUGAGCAAGAAGGCCUGAAGAGCUGGGAGGUGAAUUUUGGCUACAUUGAACAUGGUGAAAAGAGGAAUGCACUUGUGAAGUUGCGGCUAUGUCCAGAAUGUUCCUACAAACUAAACUUUCAUCACCGGAGGAAAGAAGUCAAAACACACAAGAAAGGAGGCACAGCUGUACAGGACUCUAAAGAGCCAAAAAAUAAGAAGACUAAAUUUUCUCGUUCAACAAAAAAGAAGUCCAAAAAAAAGACCCAUAAAGAUCAGGUUUCUUCAGAAGAUUCAGAUAGUUCUGAUAAAGAUUCUAAUAACAGCGAUGCAGAAGAUGGUCCUUCAGAUGCUGACUUUUGGAAAGGUCCCCUACAAGAUGCAGAUGAAAAAUCACGGGAGGAGGAGUUUGAUGAGUAUUUUCAAGACUUGUUUCUCUAAACCUUGAAAUUGAUAUAGGCUGACUUUCUUCAUGAAUUGUCAAGAUGGAAGUCUGGAAAUCCAGUCAUAAUUUACCGGAGACCUCUUUCUGCCAGCAUACUUUUUCUACAGUCACUCAUAUGAACCAUUUGGGUAGAUUAUCUUUGUAGAAGGCUUCAAAUCUAAAAACUUUGUUUCUUAUGAUAGGUAGCAUACUCAUGAAACAAGAGAAAUAACUCUUUCAGUGCAAAAGAUAUAUGGCACCCAGACUUAAACAAACAAGAAUAUGGUUUAUUGACAUUACAUCAGAAGUUCACUGCUUUUUAUUUUAUCCCAAACUUCAGGUAUUGUCAGAUUUUUAUGAAGGAGCAUUUGUAAGUUUCUGUGAGUAGUUUAAAGCCAUACACUUUAAUAUAUUUGUAUUUUUAAUUUAUUUAACAAGAGUUAAUAGCCUUAACUUUAUUGGCCAUGUAGACUUUAAUAUUUAGGUAUUAGUCUCCAUAAGUAUUUUAAAGUGCUACUGGAGAAGUUCAAGUUUUAUCAAAUAUGUACUCUGCUUGAAUUAAGUAAAUUGUGAAAUGUCUCCCAUAAUCCUUUAAAAAGUUCAGUUUAUUGUGACUUUGUUUUAAAUUUUAGCUAAAAUUUAAUGUGUCUUAUAAUUCCAUUUAUAAAAAUUUGGUUGGUUGGUGAAAUUUUUGAUGUAAAACAUACGUAUGUGGCUUUCUACUGGAGAUGUACAUGUGACUUUUAUGUUAUCUGUGGCUUCUGAUCUCCUUUCCAUUAAUUGAAUGUUAAUCCUUCUUUAAAGUGUAAUCCUAAAUAUACAAGUAAAGCAUGUAUAUUGCUUGAGAAACUUACUGGAUUUGUAUUCCUCUUCAAGGUGCAACAUAUCUUUAAAGAUUCAUUCAGUUAUGUUUCACAAGAAACAGUCUGCACAUGAAUAAGUACAGUGGGUAUUUUUUUCUGUCAGGUGCAAAUUACUUUGGAUACAAAGAACAAACUUUUUUAAAUUAAAUUUUCAUGUUAUUCUGAGGAAAGUUACUAUUGUAAGAUAUAAAAUAUAUCUUUUGAUAAGUACUUCUCACUGUAGAUAUAUGUAUAGAAAGUAUUUAUAGUAAGUAUUUGAUGUGGAAAAAAAACCAGCAGAGAUGGUUGCAGUGUAUUUAUGAACAUUUUACAUGCACUCAUGAAUAAGUUGAGAACUCUAUUUACAAGUAUUACUUAACAAAAUUACAUUUUAAACAGUUUGUACUUACAUAAUAGAUGACAGUACAAGGACAUAUUUAGGGUGUCCUUGAGUAAGAAAUAAAUGUAGCCUUGCAUGAAGGCUUCUUUAGGUAAGAAGGUGGAUUUAAAGGUUAAUUCUCUGUCAUCUUGAAAGCUUGGUUGAGAGUCAAAUCCAAUCUGCAGCAAUCUGCUUACACGUGUGCAACUUGCCCAAAGGGGCUUUUGUCGAAUGUGUUGCUAUAUUUGUUGCUUCAAGUAUUGUAUAUUAAGUAUGUGUUCAGGAUAACUAACUCCUCUUUGGGUCUUUAAAAUACAGUUAUAAAAAUUUACAUUAUACAUAGUAAAUACAUCAUUUAAUACAGUUUGAAUAAAAUUACAUUAUCAAACAACCUUGAAAUAGUUUUCUUUAGUAGCUGCAUUUAAUACAGAAAAUAACACGAUACCCAGUUUUAUGUCAUAACUGUUUGCAUAAAAUAUUUGGCUCAUUUAUAAGUCAGGAUGUUUUAAGCAUUUGGGGUUUUUUGGGGGAUUCCUUUAAUUUUGAGUGAUAAUUGUACACAGUAUUUCUGUUCAUAGAGCUUUCUUGGAAAGGUUUAUAUAGAGCAAUUCACUGAUUCUCCCUUCUCUGUGAAUACUGAGGGCCCUUCAGAGGGGAAAAAAAGUGUGGGUCUUCUUUGUUUAAAGGGGGAGGAAAAGUGGCAGGAUUGAGUCUGCAUGUUGAAUUUGCUUAUUGCAGGAAUUGCAUUUGACAUCCAUCUCCUUGGAUUUGGAACUGGUUCCAGUGAAAACUCAGAUCUGUGCAGAAUAUACCAGCCAUUUCCCCUCCUCCAUCUGCAGGAGGAGCUGGCUUUGCAAGACCUGAGUAGAAUGUAUGGAGUGGACUGUCACUGUUCAAGAACAGGUUUUGGUAGCUCUUCAUUGUUUAUGAGGAGCUAAUUUGUGUGCAGUCUGUCUCUGGUAGUAGAGAGAGAGGUAAUGUGAAUUCUAAUGUGCUCUACCUCUGUUUUCCUUUCCCUUCUCAUUAUUAAAUUGUUGCCAACUAAUUGGUUUUCAAAUACUUUAAUUUAUUGCAUUUUCAAAAGGGCACAUUGGGAGUAUGUGAGCCUUUUAAAAUGCUUUUGAAUGUAGAUCCUACUUUGGACAUGCUGGUAUCUUAGCAAACUCUCUUGGCAAUUUUGAAAAAACACAGUGUACCAUGGGCUUGCUUUUUAUAAACAGAGCCAGGGAAUUGUGUUGAGCAUUCCUAAAGUGAAGGAGAUGUUUACUCUAGAACUUUAUAUAGUGUUGAGAAUGAAGGGAAUGGAUGGAAUCCCAGAUUAAGGAAAGACACGUAAUAUAAAAAUCUAAGUAUACAAAUAGCAAUAGUUGAAUUUUUUGUUUGAAUUGUACACAUUAGAUUUCAUUCCAUAAUUUCAUAGAUCUGCCAAAAAUUGUAUGUUUUCUGGACAGUGUGCAGAAUGACCUAUUUUAAUAAAAACACUCUAUGUAAAUUGAGCGACAUGGAAAAAUACCUAGAGCGCACAGUUCACACCGUUAUUAUUUUCAGUUUUUAAUUGUAAUCAUUUUUUUACUUCAUUAAAAAUUAUUUCCAACAAAUGGCAAAUGUUUUAAGAGGAUUGUUAAGAGAUCAAGCUAUACUAUUCUAUGCAAAGCAGAAAUCCACUGGGGUUCAUUGACGUUCUUUCUAGAUGUCUUUUCUGUAGCAGGAACAGUUUGAGACAAAGAAUUACAAAACUACACAUGUUUUGGAUUUUCCUUCUUCACCUCCACCUGGAUUUUCUAAAAAACAGAUAAGAAAAGUAAAAUGAGUAUUUUCUGUUAAUUUUACCUGCUCUAAUUUCUUGUUAUAGAGGUGUUGCUUUUGUUUUAUGCAUAUUAUGUGUGUUUGACCUUCUGAAAUUUCACUGCUUGUCUGGGAAAUAGGAAUAUGAAACAAUGACACAUUAUAUAUACAUAUGUGCAUAUAGUGUAGGAGUUGAUACUAACAUUUCUCAAAGGACCAAACACACACUGAACCACUCUUACUGGAAAGUUUCAGCAGUUAAGUAUAUAUGACUGUCCCACACAUACAAAACUGAGGAAUGCAAGCCAUGCAAAAAAAAAAGGAACUCUUUGAUCAAUAUAAUCUGUGAAUCUAUUUUUGAAGCAGAUGAUACAAAAACUUUAAUUUGACCUGUUUACAUAAACCUUUAUUCAACCCUGCGUGAAUCCCUUUGUAAUUACUGGUUAAGAGAGAGAGAUAGUUUUUAUAUUUUUAUCUAUAGCUACUGAUUCUGUUACUGUCUCUCUCAAAUGAUUCCACAGAUGUUCAUUGGUCAUAGUUAAGAUUCUUUCAAUGUAAUCAAUUGCGUUUCCAGGUUCAUUUAAGGUAAGAUACCAAUAUUAGAAUUAAAACUUACAUUUGAAAGCUGUGGAUCACCAUGUUACUAGGUCAUUUUCGACCCUUUCCACCUGCAUUGAAACAUGUCACAUAAUCAGUGUCCUACCCUCUGUAAUUUGUGGAUAUAAUCAACACUAUGUUACUAACUAUGUAUUUGAUUUUCUCAGUUUAAUACUCUGCUCUGUUUUACUUUCUGUUCUGAACUUUCCACUGUAGUGGUUCAGCAAACAUGUUUAUUUUGUUUUGUGUCUACUGAAUGGCUAAGAAUAGCCCGGUCAGUGUGAUCUAGAGAAAGGACCAUGGUUCAGCAUGUAUCAAAUUCUUGUUUGUAUGAACUGACUUAACAAACCCAUAUAUUUACAUGGCCUUGAUUUGACAGUGUCAGAUCUGUCCUUCACAAAUGUGCAUGGCCUCAUUCCAGUGUGUGUUUAAAAAGAUGCAGAAUAAUUCUCUUUCUUUUUGGGAUACCAAUUAUUCUAUGCAAAGGCCAGAUCCUUGGCUCCUGCAAAUCAGUCUGUGCUUGGCUGUUUUCCCUGUGGGAAAAUACUUCCUAAGUCAGUGGCUUAAGUGAUUCCAAAAUACCAAUGUUCUAAGAUGAUCCUAACUUCAAGUGAGAGUGGAAAUACCCAACUCUUCCUAAAUGUAUUAUUUUGUUUUUAUUUAAGAAGCUUAUGCUUAAGGGCAUAACAUCUGAUUUUAGUAACUGUACUCUUUGCCAAGAAAGCAAAUAUGUAAGGAGGUUUGAAGGUGUAUAAGGAGAUCUCAGGUUGUUUUGUUUUGUCUUGCUAAUAUUUCUGUGAAGUUCAGGUGCUUACAUUCCAGUGUAAGGAAAAGAAUACUUUUUAUGUACUGACAACCAGCUAGUUCUCAGUAAUAAAUUAAUCUUAAGUAAAAUUAUACGAGCAAUUUCAAGAAAAAAAAGUGUCAUUGAAAAUAAAUUUGGGACACAAUUUGGAGGGUGUAAUUUCUGUGAAAGUGUGUUUAAGUGGUAUCACAGCAUGAGCAGGCCAAAAUAUUUGACUAAUUCUAUUAAACUUUUCCAAAAAUCCGCUUUGAUUAAAUCAUGUAAUUUAAAGUACUUUUUAAACCACUUAAACCAAAAUUAAAAACUUUUAAUUUUUUAAAAAAUUUUAUUUUAACCUAGUAUCAAUUUUUUUAGGAGCCAACAAUCCUGGUUCCACUUCACACACUGACAGUAACUUGAUGGGUGGCCUUGAGUAGCCCCUCUUUUGUGUGAACUGUGAAGAAUACUCACCUAUUUCCCACAGACACUGAUGAGCAAAUAAAUGAUUCAGUACUGUUUUAUGUUUUAAAAAUGUGAAACACAGAGUAAACUAACUUUUCUUCUUCAAACUAGCUGACAAUUAAUCACUUUGGCUUAAUCACACGUGGUUUUGUUUUAAUCUCUGAACCAGUCAUCUCAGUUGAUUGGCAUAGCUGUUGACCUGCUGUUGCACAUGCAUUACAGAAUAAAAAUAACUGACUCAUUUGACUCUUACACCUGAGUGAUAGGUUCUCAGUUUCUGUAAAAUCAGAUUCUCUUCUAGGUUAGGAUAUGCAGAACCAUGCUUUCAAUUUCAGGACUUGGACUCUCUUUGGAAGAUUAGUGUUAAAUUUGUAACAUGAGAGAGUGUAUUUCAGCCAAGAAACUUGUGGUAGGGAAGUAGAGCCCAAAGCUUUAUCUUAAACUUGGAAGAGAAUUGGGGAUUUGCACUGCUUUUUUUUGUUCCAAAUGCAUACCCUCCAUUCCCUUAUGUUUUUCAUUUCCAGCUUAAACAAAGCACCUGAAUACAUUUGAGGUUGGUGCCACACAGAAUUUUAAUACAUAUCUAGUAUUUCAGAUAAGCAUUUAAUUACAUUCAAUUUUAAGUCUUUAGGCAAAAGAAAUUUUACAUUCCCUUCACGUUUGUGAUGGUCAUAUUUUAUAUAAUCCUGCAGUUUGGAAAAUGAAGUCAGCAUACUGGAUUUGUGUCAUCUUUAAAGUUUACUCUUCUUCCAAGUAAAGAUAAAGCUAAUUUGGCAAAUUCAGAACUUGCAUACUAUUAGUAUAAAGUUUAAUAGAAUAUUGCACAAGUGCACUGCAUGUGUGAAUUUGAGAGAGAGAGAGAAUAUGUUGACUGCCUUACAAAUAUAUGUAAAUGAAAAUCUAAGAAGUUACUUAACCUUUUUGGGCAGCUGCUUCUUCUUCCUUUUUCUUUUGUUCCUCAAUAGCUUUCAUCUUCUCGUCAUAUUCAUCAGCUCGUGUUUUCCAUUCAACCCUGUUGUUUUGAAGACCAUCAAACAUAGGUGUAAUUUCCUUGUGAAACCUUGAGAAUUCCUGUACAAACAAUUUAAAUUAGUACGUUAAAAAUUUUAAGCACUGAUGAGUUGUAAAACCUGAAAUUGUGGAAAUACUGCUGAGAAAGCAUUUAAUUUUUCUGUUAGAUCUAAUUCUAAGGCAUAUUAUUGAAAAUACCAUAUUGGGAUAAUAAUGCCCUAUUGUGCACAUAAUCUGUUAGGAAAAUAUUGGCAUUGUAUACUGCACAUUUUAGUAUCUUCCCUAAUCCUACAUAUGAUAGUCUGACUCAUAUAAUACAGUUAUAAAUAUGAUACAUGAUAUUUUAUCGUAUAAUUAUCAGGAAAAAAUAAAAAAGUCUAUUGUCCUGUAGUAUAUUUCAAGCAGAUGAGGAUAUAUCUGAAAAUGUUAAAAUAUUACAUGUCGCUUUUCUGCAUGACUCUUGGGGAUAAUAUAAAAAACUAGACAAGGAUUAAUAAUGUUGACAUUUCAAUGCCUUAUAGAAGGUACAGAAUAUCUAUACAUCCAGAGUAUUUCAAGUUUUCUGUUCCCUUUGCUGUGCCUUUAACUGCUUUCUGUAACCAUCCGCAUGUUGCUCGCUUAUAUUAAAUGGGACUGUGAA